CCUGUGAAAGAAUUGGGUUGCAUUGGCCUCACACUCUGCUUUAAUACCAGACUCUGUACUAGGAUGUUGCAGUACAGCCUGUUAGUGCUGGCCGUGAUAUUUACCAGCGGUCAUGCUGGCAAUGACUCCCCCACUGGAGGCUUUGACAUUGGGUACAGGAGCUGCAAGGACAUCAAGAAAAUGCAUAGUUAUGUAACAGAUGGAAUUUAUACCCUGACAACCAAAGAUGGAGUGGAGUACCGAACCUUCUGUGACAUGACCACAAAUGGAGGAGGGUGGACAUUGGUGGCCAGUAUCCAUGAAAACAAUAUGUAUGGGAAGUGCACUGUGGGAGAUCGCUGGUCCAGUCAGCAGGGCAAUUCCAUUUUCUACCCUGAAGGAGAUGCCAACUGGGCAAACUUUGCCAUAUUUGGGGAUGCCAUUGGAGCAACCAGCGAUGACUACAAGAAUCCAGGAUAUUACGACAUUUCUGCCAAGAAUUUGGGUUUGUGGCAUGUGCCUAAUCAGACUCCACUUUCUCAAUGGAAGGACGCAGCUCUGCUGAGAUAUCGUACAGAAAAUGGCUUCUUCUCCUCAGAAGGAGGAAACCUUUUCAACCUGUACAAGAAAUAUCCAGUGAAGUAUAAUACUGGGGCAUGCCUGGUCAACAAUGGACCUGCUGUGCCAAUUGUGUACGACUACGGAAAUGCUGAAAAGACAGCCAAUUACUACUCUCCAUACGGAAGAAAUGAGUUCACUGCCGGCUUUGUCCAGUUUCGCGUUUUUAACAAUGAAAGAGCACCAAUGGCUCUGUGCCCAGGAAUGAAGGUGACGGGAUGCAACACGGAACAUCACUGUAUUGGAGGAGGUGGCUUCUUCCCAGAAGGAAGUCCCAUUCAAUGUGGAGAUUUUCCUGCCUAUGACUGGAACGGGUAUGGGACACACAUAGCAUGGAGUUCCAGCAAGGAGAUAACGGAGGCAGCUGUCCUACUCUUUUAUUAUUAAUUGGAAAAUCUUCUUCUCACUUUUUUUGAAAUAAAAAA